UAUAGCUUGCUAUUUUUACCUGAAUAAAUCUUUUCAAGUCGUCUCUCCCAACUGGAAAAGCUAACACAGUUGCAGCAGAAAUGGCUCAUGUAGUUAAGCCUCUAAUGAAUUGGCCAAAAUGGCAUCACUAUUUAUACGUUCGCGCCUCAUUCGUUCACCUGGUUCAAUCACCAAUUCCACUCUUCUCGAGCAGUAACGUCCGUCAACCGCCGUUAUCCACGGCAUCACAUUCCGCUUUCCGGCAAGCUCAUUUUCGUUCCGGCGCCGCCGUUAAAUCGCGUGAUACUUUAUUACCUCCGGAUCCCUAUGAGAGUGAGAGUGAUUCCGAUGGAAAAACAAGGAAGAGUCGCAACGAGAAGAAGCGUGAAGCUCGUCGCGCUGUUCGGUGGGCCAUGGAUUUAGCUAAGUUCUCUCCUCCUCAAAUUAAGCACAUUCUCAGAGUGGCUUCGACGGAGCAAGAGGUAUUGGAUGCCGUCCUGCUAGUCAAGAGACUAGGUCCUGACGUUCGAGAAGGAAAGCGAAGACAAUUUAAUUACAUAGGUAGAUUAUUGCGGGAAGUUGAUCCUGAAUUGAUGGAUGGUUUAAUUCAGGCAACAAAAGAUGGAGACCAAACUAAAUUUCAGGCUUUAUCUGGUUCGGAACUUUCGGCUACUGAAGAUGUUGAUGAGGAAGUUGAAGAGACUGAAUAUGAGGAUGACGAAGAUGAUUCUGAGGACGAUAUUGCUUUAGCUGAUAGGUGGUUUGAUGGCUUGAUAGAUAAGGACGCUGACAUCACAAAAGAAAUCUAUUCUCUAACUGAGGUUGACUUUGAUCGCCAGGAGUUACGUGGUCUUGUUAGGAAAGUACAAUCAAUACGAGAACAACGGAGCAAUUCAGACGAGGAUGAUGAAGGAAAAGUAAACAGUGAUAUUGUCCGUGCAGAAAGGUCCCUCACCCGUUUCCUUCGAGGUCUAGCCAAGCAGCUUUCAGCUGAAUAGAGUGUCAGAUUCAUCUGGGAGCAUUAUGCUACCACAUGGCCAUCAAUAGAUCCUCAAGAAGUACAUGCGUACUCGUGAUUCUUCCCAGUACAUGCAUGUACUAUCUGGAAGUUAGAUUACAUUUCUCUGAUCCCAUGGCUUCUUAUUUCCCUCUAUUAUUUUUGUCCUUUUUUUUAGGGAAGGGGGUUUGGGGGAAUGGGUGGGAGAUUCUUUUCGCUGUAGAUCAACAUCCACUGUCUAGUGCCUUAAGCCAGAACAUUACUGGAUGUUUGUGUGGAACGCUACUACUGGAGUAUUUAAGUUAAAAUCUUUGAAUAUUUGCAUAACAAAUAAUGCAACGUACAAGCUUUAAAUA